AUGAGUGAAAAUGUUGAAAACUCGGACGCAAGCAACAGCGCUGCUAAUGGAAAGUAUGUGCCUCCAUGGAAACGAAAUGAAGUUCAAAAGGGUGAUGAGGGACAACGUGAACGUCGUGAAAGCGGAGACAACAGCGGUCGCCGCCACGGAGGACACCAAGGAAGAGGAAUGCACAAGGGCUCGCAUUUCAAUCAACAUGGCAAUCGUGGUGAUGAGGGAACUUACUCGGUUCGCAGUGGUGGACACGGAUAUGGAACCGAUGAGCAUCGACGUGAUGGUGGAUUUGGUGGAGGCUAUGGAGGUGGCCGCGGACG